AUGGGAGUAAUUGAUAAGGCGCCAGGGUAUGGCGAGGAUGGGUUGUACUCGUUCUCCUCACGCCCGGUCACUCCAAGAGACAAAGGUGGAGAUCUCCUGGUGAAGUUCCAAGCUGUCAGUAGAACGCAACAAACCUUGACACACCACUAUAUCUCUGUCAACUCCAAAGAUAAAUUGUCGCAUGUCCGACGCAGUAUUAAUCUUUAUUUCAAGGAAUACUUCGAAAGAGGGUUCAUUUUCUUGUGUAAAACAAGAGAAAUCUUGCGAUCAGACGAGAAGACGACAACCGUUUUUGACAUACUUCCAAAAAUUCCUCAAAUGAACUCAGUUGAUCAGGGCAGGUCCAAUCCAAAAUGGGAAUUACCGAUGGAAAAAUUUAGAUACCCGGAUGUAGAGUACAAAAGGGUUGCACACUCCUAUGAUGGAAAGCGCUACAUUGUAAUGUGUGCUUGUGUGAUUUUUCUGUACGAGCGGAGUAAAGUCAGCCACUGGACUCCACAAGAACUGAAUCAACAGUUGUGUGAAAACCUUCUGGAGGGAUUUUCUUUCAUACCAACCGAUAUCAUGUCCUGGAAACCAAAUCUCUUGGAGCUAAAAGCGACAUCUCUUCAUAUAAAUGCUGCAUGUGGAAACUUAGAGAAAUUAGAGGAGGCUCUUCAAAAACUUCCAUACACACCUAAAAUAUGCGAUAUUUGUGAUGAACGAAAUGCAACACCGCUGCAUUAUGCCGCUGAAAAUGGAAAAUUGGAUGCUUGUGAAAUUCUCAUUAAUGGCAUUGGGAGAGAUCAGAUAUAUACUAAAGACAUGAAUGAUAAAUCCCCAUUACAUUGCGCCCUAUAUAGAAGAAGGAAGGAAGUAAUAGUAUACCUUCUCCAGCUAAACUCAGAUGUCCUUGACGUGGAUAACUUAGGAAACAACUGCAUUGAUCUGCUCCUUCUACAGAAAGAGGCUGAUAUAGAGUAUAUCGCUUCUAAACUAGAAACCCUUUCCCUCAGCAAACACCUUCAGUUUUACUUGUGUUAUCUCAUGCUUUUGUUGAAAAAAGAAAAGCAUGCUCUUCGGCUAUUAACGUUGCUUCCUGACUAUGACACGCUUGAUCCAAGGCUGGAAGAGUUGGAAUGUUCCCUGCUACAUUUGUCAUCCACACUGAGUCCUCAGCUUACUGAGGUUUUAUUAGAAAAGCGUUUUCCUAAGUGUAAGAAAAAUAUAGAAGGUGACCUACCUUUUCAUUCUGCUUGUCAGUGUGGAAACGUGAAACAAGUGCAUCUACUCUACGAUGAGAGUUUACAGGAAGGGGAUCUGAAUAAAGGCAUCCAAAAAGCUCUACAAAAUUGUCACUAUGGGGUAUGUUUAGCUAUUUUUGAGAUUCGGAGUAACCUAAUACUUUAUGAAUCCACAGUUUGCAAGAUCAUGAAAUCAUUAAAGAAAGUAUUUGAUGGAUAUCGGAAGGGUUUUCAAAAAUGCAGAAAUGUUGAAUCUGUAGCAGAAAAACUGUUGCCUUUACUGAGUGGUCAAAAUGGAGCAUCUGAAAGGUAUACGUUUGAAUCGGCAUCUCUUGGCCUCCAUAAGAUAUUGCUUCUUCUGAAAUCCCUAAGAAUACCUUUCGACUUAUCAGAUGAAAUGAAAAGAACGCCUUUGCACGAAGCUUGUCAGAACAAUCACAGUGAAUGCGUCAAAGUGCUUUUGGAAGCGGGCGUAAAUUCAAACCCUACAGACUGGCGAGGUGCUACCCCUUUGCACUAUGCCUGUGAAAAAGGACAUGAUAUAAUAGUAAAUAUGUUGUUGCACUCAGAUCGUCAAGUCGAUGCUAAGAUACAAGAUAACAGCGGAAAGACUCCAUUGAUGACUGCUAUUUACAGAAAUCAGCAGAAGGUGGUUAGAGUCCUUCUUCAGAAAUAUACUAGUAAGUGCAAUUUAAAGGCUAUUGACAAGUUGGGUCAAAACAUCCUUCAUUAUUUGCCAAUAAUUGAGGAAGAUCUGGAGGACAUCGUCAUACAACAAUUGAAAAUAGAACAGGCUAGUCAGGACAAACGAGAGAAAAUAGUUCAGAGGCAAGAGGAAAGGAACAUUAUGUGGAAUGAAUCAAUGAACUUUACAAACUUUUGCAGAUAUGAUCGCCCUUUUCGAGAAUUCAAUAGGAAUGAAGAUCCAUUUCAGUACGACAAUGAAAAAGAAAAACCAUGGAAUAAGUUCUGGUCACUUAAUUCAAAAGUACCCAAGUUGAUCAGUAGUCCAACUAAGCGAUACAAAAAAUGUCAAAAGUGUUGCGAUAUUAUUAAAAGUAACUCAAAGCAUCACUGUGGAAAAGGAAAUCCUGAAAGUCAAGAAAUCUAUGUUCAUUUGAGAGCUUUUGAGUUCAAGCAUCAUGAAGAAGUAGCUUUCAGUACUCCACUGGAAUGUGCUAUUAAAGCUGGAAGAAUGACAACAAUGAAGAAACUAGCUCAGAAUUUUCCAAACCUUUUGAAGGAUACUGAUAGUCUCGGAAGAUCUAUUAUGGACUUUGCAAUUCAACAGUAUUCCUUUAAGAUCAUCAAGUCGAUAAUGGAUGUUGUAAAACCCAAAGCCAGCUUUCUGUAUCAUUUGAUGAUGUUUUCAAAGAACGGAAAAACAGUAGUAAUGCAGAAAGUUUUGGAACAUUUUAUGCAGUCAGCAAUAAUUGCGAGUGAUAUUCCAGAACCUGUAAAUGUUAUCCAUGAGCUAUGUGGAUUAGCAAGAUAUAAAAAAUCUCAACACUGUUAUUUGAACUGUUUCUUUAAGAAUCAUUUACCAGUUGAAGCUGCAGUUAUCCUACAAAAUUUUCCCCUUUUCACCGCCAUUCUUGAAAAAACAAAGGAUGAUAAUUUAGGAAUUGCUUUACAUCUAGCGGUAUAUUAUGGACAAUCUCGAUUCAUCGACGCCAUAUUGAAGAAGAAACAUAAACAUGAAACAAACAAAGAGAUGCAAGAAAUAGAGAAUAUGUACAUCCUGGACAUAGCAUGUAGAUCCCCUUACGUCAAUGAGAAAGUUUUUGAGACAUUAAUAAAGUAUCAACCUGAUAUCUUGAAAUCUCGAGAUAUUUUCAGUUGUGACGAUCUGUCAGAGUUAAGACCUUAUAUCUGGGAAAGCAUAAAACUUCUUACAAUGCAUGAAAAAACAACUUUAGCAAAACUUUUGUCUUCCAAACACUCAGAAAGAAAUUCCAACAGAAAAUUUAAGAUAAGGGACAAAACGAUUUUCGAUAAAAUGGGUUGUUUCCUUAUUAGGUCGGGUGUUCAAAUGGGAAAAUUUGAAAUUUUCGAGGAAUCUACUGAUACAUAUGUGCAUGGCAUAUGUGAAGCGUUUUUGCUUGCUUUAGAAUCAGGGCACUUUAAUUCUGCAGCUCUGAUGCUACAUAGAGAAGGACAUCUUUUAUGGCAUUGCGCACUUUCCUCAAACAAAUGUCAAAUUCAAAAACAAUUUAACAAAACUUGGCAAUCAAAAUUCAGUGACAACGAUAGCAUUGUUAAGAUAGAGUACAUCAAGUAUAUCCUUGCCUAUGCGUGCCUAAAACAUGUCCCUGAAAAUAUUUUGCAGAGUUUGAUACAGUCAGGUAGGGAGGUAGAGGGAAUGAAGACAACUGAAAUAACAACGAAAGAAUUUGAAAUAUCCAAUAGAUUGUACAGUCUUGCUGAGUGCAAGAGCCCAUUGGAAAAGAUAAUUAGGUGCAUGGUUGAAAUUACUACUGGGGGACAAUUUGUGGAGGAAGUCUACAAUAAGUUUCUGAAAAGAAAAAUUUGGAAGCAAGGAAAAAUCAAAAACUUUGAGAUCCUUCCAUUACUUCAAUUAGCACCAAGGAUUGUGACUAGUUUUAGUAAAUAUGAAAUGAGAGGACUAUUUGGAAUAACGGUUUCAAAAGAGGAGACUAGAAUAUUAAGAGAUUGUACAAUAAUGAUGAAUCUCUCGGGAGAACCUAACAGUAUCAGCUUUCCCUCCGGUACUACACUUCUUCAUUUGGGGUCCUGCACAGGAAAUGUUGAAUUCGUCAAAAUGAUUUUACAGGCUCCUCUCCCCGUGACUAUUGACGCCAAGACAAGUGAUGGUGUAAGACCUUUAGAUCUCGCAGUAAUAUAUGGAUCAUGGGAUAUCUAUAAACUUCUUGUUGAAUAUAAUGCCAAAUUUACAGUAGACACCAUCGUUGCCUGUUGCUCAGAUGAACGAUACAAGCAAGUAGAAAUCUGGACAAGAAAAAUUCGUGACCUGUGUUCUUGUGAGAAACCCUCAUCGAAAGCAAAGAAAAAAAUAUUGAUGGAUUUGUAUGAACGGAAGAAGAUUGACUGGAAUUUCUUCAGUCAAGAGAUUGGAGGUCCUCUCCACAAUGCUAUUGAAAGUCAUUUGGAUGACAUAGUGCUUUAUCUAGUUGAUACCAAUCCUUCUCUGCUAGUGAGGGUCCUGAACUCCAACACGAACAUUGUUGCACAGCUACAGAAGUGCAAAGAAGGAACAAUUGCACAUGUGUACAACACCAUGGUAAGUCAAGUAAGUAAGCUGGAAACAAAAACCCUGGGACAACUGCUACUCCAGACUGCUGUAAGCCGGAAAAUGCAUCUUACAGAGACUCUGACUAGAACAUUUCACAGGAUCCUUGAACAGGAGCAAUGGGAAAAGGCUGUUGAAGAAGUGGAUAAGCAUGGAAGAACCAUCUUUCACUUUGUUGCUAUUUUUGGCUGGGAAACAAUUGCCCGAAUACUUACUGAGGUUGUACACAGGGAGAAUUUGCCUGGUUUUCCACUGAACAAAGUGGAUUUUGCUGGAGCAUCCCCUCUGUGGUAUGCUUUAGCGUACAGGCAAUGGAAAAUUUCAAGACUUUAUCUUCUAAAUGGCGCUAGUCCUUUUUUAAAGCGCGCAGUACCAGGAUGUUUCACAAAGAGACACAGACCUCCUGAGAUUAAAGAUGUACGUUUCCGUGAAUGUGAACAUUCUUAUUCUUUUAUCUCUAAACAUGGCAUAAAAAUGAGUGCAAGAAGGAAGAUCAAAUUGCCAGAUAAUAAAGAUACCAGUGUCAAAGUUUGUAUACAUGGAAAGAAUAGUUCAGACUUGCAUGAAUCUAGAAAUGAUCAACAACGAAUAGAGGGGUCAGACUUAAAAAUAGUAGUCUCUCCACCAAAUUCCCAGACCAUACCAAUGAACAAAGAUCAAAAGAUCAUUGAAUAUCUCUUCAAAAAAGCACAUUUGUCCAGAAUCUCAGGGUAUUCUUUGAUUCAUUUUGCUUCAGGCAUGGGAGAUAUGAAGCUUUUUGAAGAAAUUCUUAGUAUAUCAGAGAACAAAUUAAAGGUCAGUGAUGAUUACAUGAUGACGGGCUACAGAUGCGCAAUGUUGGGAAACCACAGAACUAUUUGUGAUAUCUAUCAUAAAAAUAACAUCUAUCUCAAUGAUAACCAAACUUUUCAUUCCAUUGUUUGGCAGGCACUCAGAACUGAUAAAGUUCAAAGGAAUGUCUUUCACUUUCUUUUCAGCAUGUUUGGGUUUGUGUAUGACAAUAUAAUAACAUCUGGCAAAACACCACUCUUGCGACAACAAACUGUACCGAAAUACCAUGGAUUCAGUUACAAACAUGAAGGGUUUAAAUUUGCUGACUUUUUAACCAAACUUUGCGAAGUUUUGUCAGAACAGAGAGUAGAAAAGAGCAUAGUCAAUCAAUUAAAAACGAAAGUUCAAUAUAUUUACGACGAGAUGCAAAAGAGUUCGAAAGAAACAUUGCAUAUCACAGCCUUGCAAACUUCAGAGCAAAAUCCACCUCAUGGGAAAAUUCUUACAAACUUUCUUAAAUCAGUAGAUGCGAAUACUAGAAUAGAUGAAAAUGACGUUCUACUGUUGUUAUCGAUGACUGAACCUUGGGUGAUUUCUUCAUUGAUUGCUGCAAGUAAAACUAACAAGUAUGUGUACAAGCUACUGAGAAAACAACUACUUUGGAACUUGAAUAUUCUGGAUUGUAUUGUUAUUUCUCUACCCAAAGACUGCGGUAGAUCAGAUGCAGUUUUUCUUUAUCAGCAAGAUAUAAGCGAGGAGGUUAUUGCUCUAGUUGAUCAAUUUGGAUUGAAUUUACAAGAGACAACAAUCCAUUUUGCCUGCAAUAAAAGUCUUUGGACUUUUCUAAGGCUUGUAGCUUCCCAGGUGAUUCCAAGAGAACGAGAGCUGAAGGUGUGUUGGCAGCUUUCUUUGGCGCAGGCUGUUAGAGAAGGACAAAUAGACUUUUUGAAGUCUAUUCUCGACAAUAUUUCAAUAUCAAAACUUCCCGAAACAGUUCAGGCCAGUUUUGCGGCACUUUUGUGCAAGGCUGCAUUCUAUGGUCAAACUGACAUUGUUAAAUAUCUUUUCAGGAAAAGUGUACCCAUCAGGUUCGAUACUGAAAACCCAAUGUUUAUGGAUCUUCUCGAUAAGAUUUACAUGAAGAAUUUUGAUGUGAUAGAAUAUGCCAUUCGUAGCAAACGACCCGACACAGUGGACGCCGUGUUAAAGUUUUGCAAAUACGAUCGUGAAUUUAUGAAGGCUGCAAAACCGGAAUUUUAUUUUGAGCUAGCUGCCUCUACUGGAAAUUGGCCAAUUAUGAAGUAUUUUACUGAAAUUUUUUCAAGCACUGGACGGCCUACAAAGCAGACUUGGGAAAGAUUUUUCAUUGGAGCAGCCUCAAAAGGGCAAGAGGAUUUCUGUGCACAAAUUCUGACAGCCUUCAAUGAUGUGGACGUUUUGUGUGUAGACAAAAGAAAUAAACAUGCUUUACAUUAUUGCGGAAUUUACAACAUGAAACUUAUUGCCAAAUGUGUUCUGGAGAAGACAACUAGGGGCUUGGAUGUUAGCGAUUCGGAUGGUAUGAGACCAAUAGACUAUGCCGUGCUCCUCGGAAAUAUCGAAGUCGUUAACUUGUUCACUGAAACAAAAAUUAUGCAUUCAAAAGAAAACAUCGACAGUGUGGAAACUUAUGGCUGGUUUCAUUUUUUCAUGAACAAGUUAAACACAAGCGGUACCGUUAUGUCAGAUGUUGACAUUAGACCUACUCUUCCUAAAUCGCGGCAGCUAGAUCUAAUCAGUCUAUAUAAAAAGGGAGAUGACAAUGCCGCGGCCGCUGUUCAAUCAAACAUGGAUGCAAGAAGGCUUUUCAUGCUUUAA